AUGCAUUUGGUGGGCUACACCACGGUGUACUUUUUUGGCGAAAAAGGAAAAGCUGAAACAUUUUUCCGUGAUUUCGUGGUUUUUCCAUAUCAAUCGAUAGGGCAGCCCCUCUAUAGUGCAUUUAUCAUAUCACUCUCAAAGGAGAAGCUCAAAAUGUAGGUAUGAUAAGAUUAAAUUUAAUGUAGAAGCUCAACUCAAUAUUUCAGAAGUGCUAUCGAUCGAUUGGCAUUUUCUCUGUUAGUAUUGUUCAGGGUCAUCAUCAGUGGUGCGUAUUUUUUAAGAAAACAUUUUUUAACAUGAUUCAAAAACCCUGCAAAAAAAAUCAUCGCCAAAAAAUGCAGAGCGAUCUUUUCAGUUUAUCUUUUUUUCCGAAAUUCAAAUAAUUGAAACGAACACUCGUCCGGCAGAGGCGACACCUCCGACCAUGCCGGAAAAAACACAGAAAACAGAAAAAAUGAGAACAUUCUAUUUAUUUUCAAAACUCUUCAAAUUUAUUUCUUAGAAACGAGUGUACGAUUCAGUGCUGACUUUCUUGCGCCAUCAAAGUCAAAAAUUUUAGUCAGGUAAGGCUCGUCAAUUUUUCAAAAAGGAGCUUUUUCGCGGGAAAAUACGGACAGUCCGCAUGAGGUACGUUUCGGAAGCCCUUAUUCUCACCGAUCCCUUUCUAUCGGCUUCCGCGGACUCCCGGAAUUUGCGUUUUCUUACCGAUAUCCUAUCGUUAUCGGUUUCGCUCAGUCCCCGUCUACUCCUCGUCGGCUCUCCGCGGACCUUCCUUUUUUUGCUUUCUUCCGGUUUCUUAUCUAAAAUCACCUGCGGAAAAAUCCCCGGUGUCGGAGGUCUGAGUGUUUUGAAAAAAAUCUUCUGCUUUUUCUUAAGAAAUUUUCUCGAGUGCAAAAUUAACACAUCUAUUCAUAGAACGCGUGCAAUGAGAAAACAAUGACUCAAAAAUUUGGCUUAAAAAUCACGUUUUUUUAAAGUUUUUUUAUUUUUUUAUAAUAAAAAUUUUUAAUCUAUAUUUUGAUGUAUAUAUUUGUGCUCGACGUUAUUGACUACAGUUUGACAACAAGCGCGAUUCCGUGUUCAGAGCAAUUUAGAAAUUGGCGUUCUAUUCGUUAAAAAAUUUUUCGCAAAGAAAGCAAAACUAUAAUUUCGAGAGUUUAGAAAAGUUGAGCCCUAAAAAAAUGACGACUUUUACGCGCGAUACAAAAAUUUUUUUGUUAAUAUAUAAAUGUCUACUUCAAAAUUGGGAGUUACUGCGCGCAUACGUUCCACGGCGCCGACGAAGCGAAAAAAAUCGUGUAAUUUUUCCGCCGCUGAGGUUUAUAAUGCAGACAAAAUGUGGCACUUUCUGUAGAUUUACGAAAAGAUAUAUCAGACAUAGAAAUUUCGCUAUUAUUUUUGCCUUUAUUAAAUUAUUACUUAUUCCUUAUUAGAGCCGUUCGAAUGACAAUUAAAAUAAGUUAAAAUUUACUGUCCAGUUAAUUUAGGAAAAUUUCAACAAGGUAGGAGAUGUUCAUUAUUUUUUUUUUUCAUAGUUUCUCUUUCCAUUUUCGCCCUUCAUUUGAUAACAAUCGUAAAAAAGCUUUUACUAACUCCCCUUAUCUGUAUAUAAUCAAAUUGUAAUGGAAUAUUUCAGCCUUAUUCCUCAGUUUUGUUCGCGCUCCGAAGGAGCUUCACAAGCCGUCAAAACGUGCAAUGGCAUAUCGCGGUACGAGUAUGCGAGGUUCUUUUAGAAACGUCUUCUUUUUUUCUCCUUGAAAUUUAACAGCUGACUGAUAUGCUUUUCUAAAACAUUUUUUCAAUGCUUUUCAAACCUUUUUGUCAAUUAUCGCAUAGGGUUUCUUUGUAAAUUAACAUCUUGUGAGGUGAAACUUCUCACAAUUUACUUACAGGAGUUCCAACAUCAGAUUCGAGUUACCUUGAGCGUCACAAUGAUGAUCUUGUCGAUGGGUUGUCGUCAAAAGUUGCAGCUUUGAAAAGGGUGAGCUUAUUUGAAAUACAAUAUUUCACAAACAAAAAUCUCCAGGUCACAAUUGCCAUAGGAGAAGACGUCCGUGAGCAAAAUCGGCUCCUCAGCGACAUGGAUGGCGAUUUCGACUCUUCGAAGAGCUUAUUGCAGACGACGAUGCGGCGUCUCGGCAUCGUGAGCAAAGCAGGAGGUCCUCUUUUCUCUGAAAUCUUAAUUUUUUGUAUAAAAUGAUGCAAAACUUAUUUAGAUUCUUCGUUUAUUUUUUGGAUUUUGCGGAAUCACUUUGCAUAAGACUAAAACCGGUCCAACUUUAUGGAAUUUAAUUAAAUUUUGACAAAACGGUUAUAAUCCAUUCCGCGCCAGUUUGCCACGUUUUCCUUUCCGCCAGAAAGACCGUAUACCAAAUUAGAUCAAAUUUGAGCAAAAUCGCUUCAAGAACCCUUUUUUGAUGUCUUUCUUGCAGUUUUAUAGUGUCUAUUUUUACAGUAUACUUUCUUUUUUCUGUUCUUUCAAAACGUUACCUUUUUGUGCGGAACGCAGUAAAUCGUUUUUUUUUUUCGAAUCCCUUUAUCCUCUUAGGUGAAACUAUAUAUAAAAUUAUUAACUUAAAACUGAAAAUAUCCUUUUUUAAGCUUUCUUUGAAAAAAACGAUCGUUAUGAGAAAAAAAAAAGUGUAAUAGUGAUAUUCUUUUCUGCAACUUUUUUUAAGGGAGCGCGUUCUGUGAUAACUUUGAGAAACAUUUUUUUCUUUUCAAAUUUUUUUGAAUGACCUUUAUUUUUAAAUUCAGAAAAAAACUGCGCAGUAUUAGAACCAUUCUAAAUUCAAUUUCGAACAUUCAAUUAGAUUGUGGAAAAAUUGACGUGAAGGGAGAAAUUAAAUUUUUUAGUUGUUUGCAAACGCGAAUAAUAUUGAAAAUUAUUUGGUUCAAAAAUACUGACAGUAAUAAUAGCAGAAGUGAUUUAGUUCAAAACUGCUUUUUUUUUCUUGUAACUCCGAUACUUUUAUUUUUGUAUUGAAAUAACUUUCCAUCAAAAGCUCAAAAAAAGCCUCGUCAAAAUUUUUUUAUUUCGAAAAUUUCUGAAGAACGUUUGAUCCCUAAAUUCUCGAAAAAAAAUAAUGAACUAAAAUGAAUGAAACUUGCAGGUAAGAACAUGCUUUGCUACCUGAUCCUGUUUGCACUUUUCGUCUUUUUCGUCGUUUAUUGUUUAUCACGAUGA